AGGAGGCCGAUGUGGGACUCGAUCCCGGGACUCCAGGAUCAUGCCCUGGGCCGAAAGCAGGUGAUCCCGCUAAGCUAUCCAGGGAUCCCCAUUCUCUAUUUUGUUCUUUCUUUUUCUUUUCUAGAUACUGGUUGUAACUUUCUGAGAGGCACUAGCAAGUUUUAAAAUUGAUGUCUUAGGGGAUAAGAUGAUUAUCUCUGGACAAAGUCUCAGCAAGGGUUGGCUCUCCCGUAAUCCUUGGACUUUUGCAUGCCUGGUUAUCACCCCAACAGACUUUUGCAUGCCUGUUAUCACCCUAACACGGAGAAACUUUGGGAGAUAGGUAAUAUAGCUAUAUGUAAAAGGCCAGAGGUUGGGCAAGGACGCCCCACAGCCAAGGUUAGGUCAAUAGAGCUGGGUGCUCUCAGUGACAUAGCAGGGCCAAAGGGUGGGGACUUGUGGUUGAGAUCUUGAGACACAAAAGCAGAGCCUUUUCCUGGGGACUUGUGAUGUGAGCUCAGCUACCCAGCCAGCCUGGACUGGGUAGAGCUUUCAUGGUCUUUUCCCUGUCAGUCUGUUGAAAGUUCAGGAGACUGACAUGUUAACCCUGAGGGGAGAUACUACUUCUCCAGGCAAAAGGAUAUAUCAUGCUUUGGAUAAGCACUGGGGACAGAGUUCUCGAGGAAGGGAAUAGCUAGCUGUCUCCUAGUCACAGGAGAAAGGAGAGGACAUGUGACUGACUGGGCCUCCUGACCGCAGGUCUUCCCAAGUGACCAGCUGUUUGAGUGAAAGUGGCUCCAUUCCCACCAUGGUUCUUGGCACCAACAUUCAGAGAAUGCCUACCAGGUGUCAGGCACUGAUCCGGAAGCCAAGGUUAGGGUAUCUAUGACAUCAUGGAGUUCACAGUGUAACUGGGGGAGGCAAUUUAAUUAAAUAAAAAGUCAGUCCAGGAAGAUGGGUGCAAGAAGGUACUGUGGUAAUACAGAUAAGAAAAAUCUUUGGUGGUAGUGGCCUCAAUUCUGACUUCCCAGAGAAGGAUGCCUGUAGAACUUAGAAUUAGUAUACUUCUUCUUCUUCUUCUUCUUUUUUUUUUUUUUAAGAUUUUAUUUAUUUAUUCAUAAGAGAUAGAGAGAGAAAGAGAGAAGCAGAGACACAGGCAGAGGGAGAAGUAGGCUCCAUGCAGGGAGCCUGCUGUGGGACUUGAUCCCGGGACUCCAAGAUCACGCCCUGGGCCAAAGGCAGGCACUAAACCACUGAGCCACCCAGGGAUUAUUAGCAAGGGGAGCAGGGCUCGCCAGGCCACAGGACUGGUGGCAUAAAGGCUGCCGUGUGUGAAGCAGUAAGCAGGGCUGAGCUUUCAGCCAGUACUUUGGUACUGACAAACAGUAGAGAGCAUCUGAAGGGGGUUAAGGAGCUCAGUUAGUCUCGUUAGAUCUGAGUUUUAGAAAGGUCACUCUAGGGUAGAGGAUGGGUUGGUCAGGGGUCAUUUUGGCUGCUGCACUGCUCUGAUUGAGAAGUGAUGAUAACAUGAAGAGGCGAUUUGGUCCAGGGUGUGAUCCUGGAGUACCAAGAUCAAGUCCCGCAUCGGGCUCCUUGCAUGGAGCCUGCUUCUCCUUCUGUGUAUGUCUCUGCCGUGCUCUGUGUUUCUCAUAAAUAAAUAAAAAUCUUAAAAAAAAAAAAACACGAAGAGGCAAAGAGAGAUUUAGAAGAAGCAGUUCAUAGGAUUAAAUAACUGGUUAUGGAAUGGAGGAAAAGGAGGACUUUGAGAUUUCUCGCAUAGAUGUAUGAAGUGCAGUCAGGCACAAAGAAAGGAAAAAUGGAAACAGCAACUUUUAGGGAAGAAGACAGUUGAAGGGGUUAGAAAUGGCAUUUGAGUGUCCCUGUAUGCAAGGUAAUUAUCUAUUUACUUCCUCCUAUUUACAUAUCUAUGUAUAUUCCCAUUUAACUUGCAUAAAGACUUGAGUUAAAUAAUGUGAUUCCAGUUUUUCAGAUUUCUGGGUUAGAUGCAUGAUACAGUGCAGUAGAAGAGCCAGCAAUUUUGAAUAAAUUGCCUGACUUUCUGGUUUGAACACGCUAAAUUGGAGGUGCCUGUUGAGUUUCCAAAUGAAAAAGAACAGAAAAAAGAUGACUGUAUAAUUUGGGGCUCACAAAGUCAUUUUGGUUAGAGUUUGGGCUACGCCUUUGAAAAUGUAUCUUGACUCCUUGAUUAUUUUCGGGGUACCUGGGCAGCUCAGUGGUUGAGCAUCUGCCUUUGGCUCAGGGUAUGAUCCUAGGGUCCUGGGAUUGAGUCCUACAUCAGGCUCCCCAUGGGGAGCCUGUCUCUCUCUCUCUCUCUGUGUCUCUGCCUCUCUCUGUGUCUCUCAUGAAUAAAUAAAAUCUUAAAAAAAAAAAAAACCUUCAUUUUUUUUUUUUCAAACAAAAUCUUACUCUUAUUCCUGUCUUGUCUAGGACAAGCUUCAGUGAAUUUUAACUAUCAUGAACUUGCUUUUCAUCAUUCAUCUAUUUUGCCUUGGACUAUACAUACUGGCAUACCUUCAGAUGCUGUUUGGUUUGGUUCAGUUCUAGACCACCACAAUAAGGUGGUCAUAAAAUCAUAAUAUCAUAAAUAUGGUAAAGGGAGUCAAAUGAAUUUCUUGAUUCCCCAGUGCAUAUAAAAGUUACAUUUACACUAUACUGUAAUCUAACAAGUGUGCAAUGGCAUUAUGUCUAAAAAAAUGUACAUACCUUAAUUUAAAAAUAAUUUAUUGCUAAAAAAUGCUAACCAUCACUCCAGCUUUCAACAAGUCACAAUCACCUGGUCACAGAUCACCAUUACAAAUAUAUUAAUGAGGGACACCUGGGUGGCUCAGCUGUUGAGCAUUUGCCUUUGGCUCAGGGCGUGAUCCCAGAGUUCUGGGAUGGAAUCCCACAUUGGGAUCCCCACAGGGAGCCUGCUUCUCCUUCUGCCUAUGUCUCUGCCUCUUUCUCUGUGUCUCUCAUGAAUAAAUAAAUAAAAUCUUUAAAAAAAAAACAAAAUAAAUAUAUUAAUGAAAAAGUUUGAAAUAUGAGAAUUACCGAAAUGGGACAUGAGGAGAGCAAAUGCUGUUGGAAAAAAUGGCAACCCUUGCUUGCCACAAACCUUCAACUUGUAAAAAAGGGAGUGUUUGGAAACUGCAAUAAAACAAAGUGACCUCGCAAGCUACUGCAAAUCAAUAUAUUCAUGGACAAACCCAUGUGAGAUUUUGAACUAUGGCACUGCACUCUCACAAAAAGAAGUACAUGGAAUAGCUGCCUGAGGCCAAUCACCUAAGUUAACGAAGGAUGCCAGUGUGGGCAAAUUGUGAUGUGCUGGCAUCCUCAUUCUACAGUGUGUUCCACUCUUUCUUGCAAUCUCAGAAAAAGAUGGUGUUAAAAGAAAAUAUUUUGUGAAACAAGAAGCUCCUACUUUUUUAAUGACUAACAUGUAUUGUUAAGAUGGACAUCUGUUCUGCAAGAUACACAGUUCUGUGGUCUCGAAGAAGCAAGCGCCCAUUCAAAACCAAUCCUAAAUAAAAACAGACCUGAAUGGAUGUCAGAAUGUUUGUUAGUGGCAGAAGAGUAAAAAAAUGGCAGUUUGUUCAGCUCUUUGCCACUUGUUUUGUACUAAGCCUCAUGUUUUUUUGGGACCCAAUCGAUAAUCACAUUGUGAGCCAUAUGAAGUCCUACUCCUACAGAUACCUCAUAAACAGCUAUGACUUUGUAAAUGACAGCCUGUCUCUUAAGCAUAGUGCAGAUGGAGCUACUCGCUACCAGUACUUGAUUAACCAUGAGGAGAAGUGUCAGGCACAAGACAUCCUCCUUUUACUGUUUGUAAAAACUGCUCCUGAAAACUACAAUCGACGUCAUGCGAUUAGAAAAACAUGGGGCAAUGAGAAGUAUGUUCAGUCUCAACUUAAUGCCAACAUCAAAACUCUGUUUGCUCUAGGAACACCUACUAACCCAUUGACAAGGGGGGAACUGCAAAGAAAACUGGUUUGGGAAGAUCAAAUGUACAAUGAUCUAAUUCAGCAAGACUUUGCUGAUUCUUUCUAUAAUCUUACUCUUAAAUUACUUCUGCAGUUCAGAUGGGCAAACAGCUUUUGUCCACAUGCCAAAUUUCUUAUGACUGCUGAUGAUGACAUCUUUAUUCAUAUGCCAAAUCUUAUUGAAUACCUUCAAAGUUUAGAAAAAAUGGGUGUUCAGGACUUUUGGAUUGGUCGGGUUCAUCGUGGUGCUCCUCCUGUAAGAGACAAACGCAGCAAAUACUAUGUCCCCUAUGAAAUGUAUCAGUGGCCGGCUUACCCUGACUAUACUGCUGGAGCCGCCUAUGUGAUCUCCGGUGACGUAGCCGCUAAAGUCCACGAGGCAUCACAGACACUUAACUCAAGUCUUUACAUAGAUGAUGUGUUCAUGGGCCUGUGUGCCAAUAAAAUGGGGAUAGUACCACAACACCAUGUGUUUUUCUCUGGGGAAGGUAAAACUCCUUAUCAUCCCUGCAUCUAUAAUAAAAUGAUGACAUCUCAUGGACAUGUUCAAGAUCUUCAGGACCUCUGGAGGGAUGCCACAGACCCGAAAGUAAAAACAGUUUCAAGAGGGUUUUUUGGUCAAAUAUACUGCAGGAUAAUUAAGAUAGUUCUCCUUUGCAAAUUGACCUAUGUGGACACAUAUCCUUGUAGGGCCGCCUUUGCCUAACGGUACUUGAAUGUUCUAUGUUUUCACUGUCACUGAGCCAAACUGGAUGAAAAAAACUUUAGAUAUUUGUCGAUACCUUAAGUAAAAUGAUUAUAAAAAAAACAAAGAAAUGUUUUGAAAACUCAGUCUAUCAGAAUGUUUCUUUGAUUCUAGAAGCUAUUCAGUGUAACUUACCUACUUCAUUGCCUAGAUUCAUUUCAAGGAAUUUAUAUUUAGAAAAGAUUUAUGAAAACAAAGCUAAAGGGAAAUUCAAGUUCUCACUUAAUGCCAUGUGUAUACUGGAGGCAUAGAGAAGUUAUUAAGGUGCUUUGGUGUUAGGGUAACUGCUUUUAGAAAAUACCAAGUGAAUGUAUAGUACAACAUUUCAAAGAAAUGAAUAUAUUGUUGGACCAGGUUUACAAAUUAGUUUUUAUUAGAGAGCACUUGACGGGGGAAAUGGAGGCCAGGGGAAGAUUGGCAUAGGAGAACGUACUUGAACCUGGUAAAAGAAAGUUCCUGUUCUUCAGAGAAGAUUUGGGAAAAUGUACACGAUUUCUUUAUAAAUAACCAAAUCACUUAUUGUCCCAUCCAUGUAGCUAAUUUACCUAGAUAGUGUUGUCAUUUAAAAUAUAGCUUUUUUUUUUCAAAGUUUAAUGUGAAAUUUGAGCUAUCAUUUGCUCUUCCCUAACUGGUACUUCAUGUGGGUUUUCUUGAUUAUUAGAAGUGACACAAAAUAUGGGCAGUUUGUUACUCACAGGGUCUUUCUCUAGGGAGAAAUCAUUGUUAAUUCAAAUAAGCCAAUUUUAAUGAAUUUUCAGUUGGUUUUUAAAUAUUCAAUAUUGGUCUGUUUUUAAGGUAGUUAUUUGAAUGUAAUUUGCACAAAGGGAUAUAAUAAUGAAGACAACUUCAAAAAGAAAAAUAGAACAUUAGAAGCCUCCCUUUCUGUAAUUUAUAAAACAGAAUUCUUAGUUUAUAAAUUAUUGUAAUGAUGACUAAAAUUAGCCUACCCCUUCUCAACAAGGUCUCAUUAACCACAGUACUUUGUUCCAAGUUCAGAUUUUAAAACUGAGUGUUCAGCAUCAAAUCAAAGCUAUUUUAUCUUUUAAAAAUCAGUUCUUUCAUCAAAAUGACUAUUGGAGGUGUCAUCAACUCUGAAAUAUUUCACAUUUGAAAGCAGAAUGAAGUGAUAGAAAAGUCACCAGGAUAAGGUUUUAAAUACUUGUGAAACUUCAUAUAUUCAAAGAGAUGUGGCUGAGCUCUCUAAAAGAGGAAGUUGCAUUGUUCUUACAGAGCAGGAUAAAAAUGUGGCCAUGAUGCAACAACCUCCCCUCACUACAGAAAGAACUAGGUGAUGUCCAUUGUCGCAGGGAUUAUAUCAAGUCCAAAAUGGUGACUUCAGCAAAAGCAGUUGAACUGAUUAUAAAACCCCUCUCUGCAGAGGUGCCUGUUAGGGAAAACUAAGAUGUCUCAUUUCAUUAAAUGUCUGAAAUAUGCAAAAGAAAAAAAAACUAAAAGAAUUCUUGGUAAACACAACUGGAUGAUGAUAAAUACUGUAAUUUUUUGCAGAUAGCUUUUUAAUGUUUACAGAAAUUUUUCGUUAAUUUUUUUCCUAUUUUGAAAACUGAGGCUUGUUUACAUUAAUUGCUCAGAUAAUUUAGAAUUUUUAACUAAUGUCGAAACCACAGUGUCAACCAUUCUAGGUUUGUAGUUACUUUCAGAGUAGGUCAGCGUUUUUAGAUCAUUACAGUUUAAAUUUUCUGACCAAUUUUAAAAACUAUAGGUAACCAAAUCACAUUUUGACAAAGCUGGUUUAUAAUUAAUUUUUAUUAGUUUGAUUCUUUAAUAACCAUUUGCCUUUUGGCCAUACACCCUGUGUAUCUAUACCUGUAACUGUUUAAAUUUUCCAUUGGUUGAAAACAUAAGUGUCUCUCUGGCCAUUGAAAUUAUCUUGUUUACAGCAAUACUUUUGUGAAGCAAUUAUUUAUUUGCAAGAGCUCUCCUCAACUGUGUUCAUCUUUUCAUUUUUGCUUCGAAUAGAAUGGAACAGAUUUAAAUUUAAAGGAAAUAUGAAGGCACUUCCUUUUUUAAUAAGAAGGAAAUUGCUAGAUGCUUCCUUCAGUAGAUUUAAAGUACUGAGAAGACUAUUUGUAAAUAAAAGGAUUCCAGCCUUUUAAAAAAAGAAGGAAAAAACUUUUUGGUGCUCUAAUGCAGGGCUGUCUCAAAAAUCGUCAACAAAGGGAAAAUAACUAUCAGCCUGGAUGGUCACUUGAGUAUAUGACGGUUGUACACAGUAUUAUUGCUAAAACCUUUUUACCUCUUGGUUGAUUUGCAUCUUUUUUCCAUAUUAUUAAUUUUAUACCAGUAUGUUAAAUAUUUAUAUUAUUUGAAUUUUGCUCUUGUAUGGCAAAAUAAUUAGUGAGUUUUUAAAAAUAAAUCUGUGAUUUCCAAUAAACAACUUGCAAAUUGUCA